AUGAUCAAGGCAAUGUUUAAGACUUGGGCCUCUGCCCUCUUAUGUGUCUCUCUCUCUGUGGAAGUUGCAGCCAGUCCUACGAUUAGGGAACGUACGACCGACCUCAGGGCCCUCCUGACAGACCCAGCCCGACAGUGGGCUGCGAACACCACUGUCUCAUUCCCAGGCUCUACCAACUUUGAUAAUGCCACGGAGCGUUAUUCAAUCUUCAACCAACCGACAUAUAGCGCCGCUGUGAGCCCAGGAACUGAGGGAGACAUUAGUAAAGUGAUUAAUCUUGCCAAAUCGUAUAGCUUUCCCUUUUUGGCCCGGGCCGGUGGCCAUGGAGGCGCCAACAUGAGCGAUUUCGAGAACGGCGUAUCACUGGACCUAAGCAAGUUCAACUCUAUUGUCAUUGACUCUGCUGCCCAGACGAUGACCGUUGGUCCCGGUGUUCAUUACCGAGAUAUCUUUGACCCUUUGUAUAACGCCGGAUUUUACAUCCAAACUGGCAGCUGCUCAUGUCCCUCCGUCAUCGGUGUCGCUAUUGGCGGUGGCGUUGGACGUCUGAUGGGUAAGCUAGGCCUGACGACUGAUGCGCUGCAAUCUGUACGCUUGGUUGGAGCUGAUGGCGUCGUUAAAACGGUAUCUGCUACUUCAUACCCAGACUUGUGGUGGGCUAUUCGCGGUGCGGGUGCGAAUUACGGAGUCAUCACUUCUGCCACAUUCAAGAUCCAGCCGCUCUCCAAUAACAACGGCGGAAAUGCCUUCAUGCUAGACUUUGUCCUUCCAGCAGAGAAGAGUCUAGAGUAUCUCAACAUCAUCGAGAAGAGCUUCAAUCCCAUGCCCGUCAACUUGGCAGGCAUCAUCGUGUUCAAUUGGAACAGCACUCACAAUGUCAGCCAAGUCGUAUCCGAUUGGAUAUUUUUUGGCACAGAGGCGGAUGCUCGUAAAACCUUGGCUCCAAUUCUAGCACUCAAUGCGACAUUCAUCACAGCUACCCUGCCAUGGAACCGAAUCAUUUCUGUUAGCGGAGGUGGAUCUGAUGCACUGAAUUGCGUGCCCAAUAAGCUGCGUAACACCUUUAACCUCAACUUGAAGACGUAUAGUGCAGCAGGUUGGCAACAAAGCUUCGAGACAUUGACAGACUUCCUCCAGAAGUACCCUGGCGGCCGCGGUAGCCAAGUUAUUUUGGAGCUCUUUGCCAAUAAUGCCACUGCUGCUGUCCCUUCUAGCGAGACUUCUUGGCCAUGGAGAGAUCAUUAUAGCCAAGAGUUGUUUGUCUACGACACUGGAGAUAGUGUCACAGCACAAGGAGCAGCCACCUACGGAUCUCAGUUGCGAUCGCAAUUCGCCGCGUAUUCUGGAUACAGCACUCCAACUGUCUUCGUGAAUUAUGCUCGUGGCGACGAGAAGAUCGAAGAUGUAUAUGGAGCAGACAAGCUACCGCGUCUGGCUCAACUGAAGCAAAAGUAUGAUCCGAAUAAUCUCUUCGCCUAUGGUCAUCCUAUUCCCCUCUCAUAUCCAUGA